UAAAUAUAGAAUACAGAUCUGCUGCCUGUGUGUGUUGAGAUGCUCCUUUUAGUCAAAUCUGAAGGACAUGAUCCCUGUCUGAAGGAUAUCUUGGGCAACAUCUCCAAGCCCCCCAACUGACAGCCAGCACCUCACAGCUCUGAGAGCACUACAGCUGACAGCUCUCACUCCAUUGGAAAAUGAUAGGACAGUAUUAGGCCUUAAUGUUUGUUCAUGGUAUUGGGAGAAUACACACACUCUAAAAUAAACAUGUGUUUGUUUUGGUUUUUGUUCGUUCUCGAGGUCAGAGUGGUAGAAAAAAAAUGGCACAGGUGGCCUGGGGGAGUGGCAAGUGUCGGUAUGCAGAGGCCUGGCUGUCCACAUGGAUAAGGCCUAUAGGGGGGUCAGUGUGAGACAGUGUGACUGAGUGAGGAGCAGAGCUCAACAGAGAUGUGUCUUGGCUUUUCUGAGAGCAGAGAGGGAUCUGUUUCUGAGUAGGGUUGUGUGUGGCUGACCAAGGUUACUGAGCUACUGCAGAAGAGAGCAGAGCAAAUCGGGCUUCUUAUAUUUAGCCUUGCGACGUGCACGCUACGGAUUAUGUCUUGGGCGUCUCGGGUUUCGCCUUCAGUACGUUUGUGGGUGUGGAGGGGGUCCAGUAACUAGUGGGAGGCCUCUCUUCAGGUGAGAAGGUGGUGGGUUACUGACGUUUAACCCCCUCUCAUUCUAUGAACAUCUCACAGGCAACCUCUCUCUCUCUCUCUCUCCCACCCUCUUGCUCUCUUUACCUCUUUCUCACACCCUCACACAGGAAAAGGCUGUUUAUGGUGACAUAGUCGUUUCCCAUUCUGGAAGGCUAUUUGGAGGGUACAGAUAGUAAGAAAAACAGUCGCAGAGGACAUACCAGUGUUAGACUACAGCUUCUAAUCUGAUACAAGUAGAGAACACUAACUGGGUUUUUGCAAACCAUUGGAGGGACCUCAUUUUAGUGCGGAGGCACAUUGAGGUCGUAGUUCAAAAGGAGUCAUGGAUACACUGGCUUUAGAGGCGAAGGCAACUGGGCAAGAAAAGAAAAGUUCAGCCCCAAGACCAAGACCUAAACCACCCAAAAAGGCCAAAAGGAUUGUUUACUUUGAGGUAGAAAUCGUGGAUGCAAAGACAAAGGAGAAGCUACUACUCUUGGACAAAGUUGAGCCAACUUCUACUAUUUUGGAUAUUAAGGCUUUGUUCCACAAAUCAAAUCCCCAGUGGUACCCAGCCAGACAGUCCUUACGCCUGGAUCCUAAGGGGAAGUGUCUGAAGGAUGAGGACGUCUUGCAGACACUUCCUGUUGGAACCACGGCCAGCUUCUACUUCUCUGACCUGGGGGCCCAGAUCGCCUGGGGCACUGUCUUCCUAUCAGAGUGUUACGGACCACUGCUCAUCUACUUGAUGUUCUACUUCCGCCUGCCUUUCAUCUAUGCCCCAAAGUAUGACUUUAGCAGCAGCAAGCACUGGGUUGUACAUUUGGCCUGCAUGUGUCACUCCUUCCACUAUGUGAAGAGAAUCCUUGAGACGCUGUUCAUCCACCGAAUCUCCCAUGGUACCAUGCCACUGAGAAACAUCUUCAAGAACUGCAGUUAUUACUGGUGUUUUGCAGCAUGGAUGGCCUACUACAUCAACCACCCCCUCUAUACACCGCCCUACUAUGGGCAACAGCAAGUGAAGACAGCACUCAUUAUAUUCUUAUUCUGUCAGGUCGGCAACUUCUCCAUCAACAUCACUCUACGCAACCUCAAAUGUCCAGGUUCGAAGGUCAAGAAGAUCCCACACCCAACUAAGAAUCCAUUCACCUGGAUCUUCGCGUUGGUGUCUUGUCCCAACUAUACAUACGAGCUGGGGUCGUGGAUGGGCUUCACAGUGAUGACCCAGUGCUUGCCGGUGGCUUUCUUCACCAUCGUAGGCUUUGUCCUGAUGACGGUGUGGGCCAGGGGAAAGCACCGAAACUACCGCAAGGAGUUCCGUGACUACCCCACCCUGCGCUCCCCUAUACUGCCCUUCAUCCUUUAGUCAGAGAGGGGCUGGUCCCACACAUAACUUCACCCCUUUCAGCCCCACUGCAGUAUACAGCUGGUGCUUCUGACUGGGUAGGUUGGAAGGAGUCGUUGGAAUAGUUCAACUACACUGUGACUGGUUUUGGGGAGUUGAAAACCCCUUUUGAUGACUUAAAUGCAGAUGAGUCUUAAUCUGAUGUAAUGUGUACUACCGGUAUCUACUGUACAUGUCAAUGUGUGGAGGCACAAAUUAAUGGAAAAAAAUACACGUGUUUUACUAAAGUGGUGACUUAACU